AUGCGCACCGACCUGUUCCUCGCCCUGCUCUCCCCAGCACUUGCCUUCCAACAAACACAACAAGCCCCACUGCACGAAGACCCAGAGCACUUGGCCGAGCUCGAACGAAAAUGGGGCGAUAACUGGGCCUUCUCCGGCAUCUCGACCUUCGGCCACGUCCCGCACGUCAAGUGCCUCACCAACCCCUCGGAAGCCUUCGACAUUGGCAUCAUCGGCGUCCCCUUCGACACGGCCGUCAGCUACCGCCCCGGCGCGCGCAUGGGCCCGCGUGCCAUCCGCGCCGCCUCGGGCCGGCACAUCAUCAGCCGGGGCUUCCACGCCCAAGCCAGCGUCAACCCGUACACGUCGUGGGCCAAGAUCCUGGACUGCGGCGACAUCCCCGUGACGCCCUUCGACAACGCCGUCGCCAUGGACCAGAUGACGCAGGCCCUGACCGAGCUGUCCACGCGCCGGACCGCCUACCCGGGCGACCCGCUGACCGGCGCGCCGCCCAUGCCGAAGCCGAAGCUGCUGGUGCUGGGCGGCGACCAUCUGGUGGCGCUGCCCGCCCUGCGCGCCCUCAAAGCCGCCUACGGCGAGCCCAUGGUGCUGCUGCACUUCGACUCGCACCUCGACACCCUGCACCCCAGCAGCUACCCCAGCGCCUGGCCCAGCGAGCAGGCCACCUUCAACCACGGCUCCGUCUUCUGGCAGGCCAGCGUCGAGGGCCUGCUGCACAACUCGUCGUGCGUCCAUGCCGGCAUCAACACCCGCCUCACCGGCGCCUCCGCCAUCGACUACGAGUCCGACGACGCCAUGGGCUUUUUGCGCAUCCCCGCCGACGCCGUCGAUGACGUGGGCGUGGCCGGCGUCAUCGACGCCAUCACGUCGCGCAUCUCCAAGGACGUCAAGGUCUAUUUGAGCAUUGACAUCGAUGUGCUUGAUCCGGCCUUUGCCCCUGGCACCGGCGCUCCGGAGCCCGGUGGAUGGUCGACCCGCGAGAUGAUCAGGAUUCUCAGGGGUUUGAGGGAUUUGGACAUUGUGGGUGCCGACAUUGUCGAGGUUGCGCCCGCCUACGAUACCCCUGGCGCUGACACGGCUUUUGUGGCUGCCGCCCUGGGCUAUGAAAUUAUCACGCACAUGGUGAAGCAGGGGCUGGCCCCUGUAGCUUCCCAGCAGCAUGACCCCCUGACCAAGACUGAGCUUUGA